CCGAAGCUCCGCCGUGGGUCCCGGGGGUACAGGUGCGUGAGAAACUAGUGCCAGCGCCGAGGAAGCCCGGUCCCCAGGCCAUGGGGGGUCAGCUGAGGCUGCCACCCGGGGAGCCCUGCCGAGAAGGUCACGUGCUGUCUCUGGUCUGUUCGAACUCUUCCCAGGCUUCCUGUGAGAUCACAAGCGUGUCACAGCUGCUGCCUCAUCCUGCCCUCUUCACGAACCUGAGUUCCACUGUCACCAACUUCAGCAUUUCUGCCAAUGUCGAAAACAGAUACAGUCUCUAUGGGGGCUUGGCACUGGCCAUCAGCUCCAGCAUUUUCAUUGGUUCAAGUUUCAUACUCAAAAAGAAGGGUCUCUUGCAACUGGCCGACAAGGGCAUCACUAGAGCAGGGCAAGGUGGACAUUCUUACCUCAAGGAAUGGGUGUGGUGGGCUGGACUGCUGUCAAUGGGAGCUGGAGAGGCGGCCAACUUUGCGGCCUAUGCAUUUGCACCUGCCACCUUGAUCACCCCCCUGGGGGCGCUGAGUGUUCUCAUAAGCGCGAUAUUGUCUUCCUAUUUUUUAAACGAGCACUUGAACAUUCACGGGAAAAUAGGCUGCAUUUUAAGCAUAUUGGGGUCAACUGUGAUGGUUAUCCAUGCCCCCCAAGAGGAAGAAGUCACUUCUUUGCGUGAAAUGGAAAUGAAAUUGAGAGAUCCAGGCUUCAUUUCCUUUGCUGUGAUCGUCUCUGUGAUCUCCUUGGUGCUGAUUGUGAUCGUGGCGCCCAAGAAAGGACAGACUAAUAUACUGGUCUACAUCGCAAUCUGUUCUUUGAUAGGAGCAUUUUCGGUUUCUUCUGCCAAGGGCUUGGGAAUUGCCAUCAAGGAACUGCUAGAGUGGAAGCCUGUUUACAAGGACCCCCUGGUCUUCAUCCUCUUGGCUGUGCUUAUACUUUCCAUAAUGACCCAGGUUAACUAUCUCAACAAAGCCCUGGACACUUUUAACACCUCUCUGGUGACUCCCAUUUAUUACGUGUUCUUCACAUCCAUGGUGGUGACAUGCUCUGCCAUCUUGUUCCAGGAGUGGUAUGGCAUGAAAGCCAGAGAUAUCAUUGGUACCCUGAGUGGGUUCUUCACCAUCAUCAAUGGCAUCUUCCUCCUACAUGCCUUUAAAAACACUGACAUCACCUGGAGUGAGCUCACAUCCACUGCUAAGAAGGAGGGCCUUUCUCCAAACGGCAGUCAGAACAGUUACGUUUUAUUAGAGAAUGCAGACUGUUCAGCCGUGGUGUAUGAUGAUGAUGUCACCCUGUUUAGCAGGACUGAAGACCAAAGUCUCCAUAAACUUUGAACUUCAACCAAGACACCUGGAGACAAACAACACUUGCUCUUGGAAGGUCUGUUUGUAUGUUAGCACAUUUAACACUGUACAAACACUCUGGAUGGGAGGCCAAGACAAAAGCCUUCGUUCUGACCGCCACAUUGGAAAAUCAAGUUUGAUCUUCUAGAAGAUUUGUGUCUUUCUAUUAUGUUUUUUUGCAACCAUUGAAACAGAUCCUGAGACAAAAGAAGUCAAAGGCUUAUAUAUGUCUCUGGAUAAUUCUUCUGGUCAAUAGGUUUGGCACUGCUGGGUGGCACUUCAUUUCUCUGAUGCCUAGUCAUGGACUCGAGGUGAUUGGCAGAUCAAGUUAACUGGGUUCUGAUUGAGUGGUCUCUGAGGAGUCAUAAUCUCAAGCUAUUAAAACUAAGAAAUGGGAAGACUGGCGCUUUGUCCUCUCUUCUGCAAGCACCUUUAAAAACUAGACAGCAGAUGGGCAAAAUAUGAAAGAACACAGUGGCCUAAAAUGUACAUGACACAUACAUUUUUUUUCUUUUCCCCAAACAUACACACAUGAUUAUGUCAGAGAUUCUAUUAACAUAGACAUGGCUGAAAUAAGCAAAAAUGUGUUUUCUGGAAGACUCAGGUGAAUUUAGCUUUGCAAUGACUUCCAAUAGCCAAUUUGUUCCAUUAUCUUUUCUUUUUUUUUCUUUUCUUUUUUUUUCUUUUCUUUUUUUCUUUCUUUUCUUUCUUUUUUUUUUUUUUUUUUUUUGGUGUUUUGGAGUUUGGAUAUUUUCCUUUGGGUUUGUUAAUUUUUUCAGGCACACUCUUGCUCUAUGACGCAGGCUGGCCCAGAGCUCAUCACAACUCUCCUGCUUCCACCCCACUGAGUGCUGGGGUUACAGAUGUACACUGCCGCACCAGCUUCUUUUUGAAAAUUAUUAUUCCAUAAGUUUCUUCUCAUUGACAUAGAGGUCUCUGUAAAGCCACUCCACAAUGUGACAUUUAAAAACUUUAGUUUUUCUCAAAUGUCUUAUCUCUCAAAGGCAGGUCUUUUAAAACCAAAAACAACUAACAGAUUCUUUGUGAUGUCCUAAUGUUCUUUUAAAACUUCCCACUUUCAUCUUUAUUAAGGAAAUUAUGAACAGUUUCUAAAUUUUCAGAAUGGGCACAGCCUAUUGCUGUUUUGAAUUAUGGAUGCAUUUUCUUGCCAAUUGAAUUCAUCUUGGCAACACUUUCCAAUUCAGCUCAUUGAUAAGUGUAUAGGGAGAGAGAAAUUCCUAAAAACAAAGUGUUCAUACCCCAGAUAUAUUACAGGAAGUGUCUUUUGCUCAUUAAAAUUUUGCAUUUGAUUUCUCUGACUCAUUCUAGAUUCCUGCUCUUAAAAUCUUCGGGGGGGGGGGGAGGAUUACUGUUGAGGGCAGUUAACUGCACUGCAUGCUUGUGGACGCUGAUAAGUCAUGGGCAUUCCAUGAGUUGAUACCUCAAGUCAAAUACAUGUUUACUAUCCAUCACUGACUCACUUUGUGUAUCAGAUAUAUAAGCUGUGAACACAAGUUUGUAGAAAAUUGUCUUCUGAAACAGUAGUGUGUUUGAAACUUGUACAAAUUCUCUUACUGGUUUUCUUUUUUAGCUUUAAGAUCUCUGCUGGGUCCUCCAGGGUGUCUUCUUGGUGAGGACAUCAAUCAUUUCUCUUGACCUCUUUCCUCAGGUUGUGGCAGUUCUCCUUUCUACUGAUUUUAACUGUAAGACGUUUAUGAAAUGUCGCCUGUUACUUGCCACCUUACUGGUCAAGUUUUGCCCUUGGUACAUUGUACACAGGUCAAAGGUUCCUGGAACACAAGAAGCGGUGUGUUGUGGGUUAGAAAAUAAACUGGUGGUGACAUAUGUGCCCUGGAGGAAGAUGGAGAGAUUUAAUGAAUCGUCAUAUGCAGAGAAACAAUGGAAUGUUGGCAAAACGCUCUGGAAAUGAAAGUGUGACUCUAAAUCUAACAUCAAAACGGAACCAUUCUCAAGUAAGAAGAUUCUGGGUAGGGAAGAGUAAGCCGUGCCCCUGAUUCACUCCAUGUCAUUUGAACUGCUUGUCCCAGCUCUGCAUCUGAGUGUACUCACCUUGUCAUCGCAUAGGCACGAUUUCUCUGCUGCAUAUCAAUACCUGUGUAAAGGAAACCGUUUUCUUUUCUGAUUGAUAAUUUCCCUGUUAGGUCAGCGAUUCUAUUUCUAGUCCAGAGUAAAAGACACUCAUAAAAUUCUUUAGAUGUAACAACAUUGGAUUAAAUUAACACUUCCUUCUAAAAAAGGAAAAUACUAAUUCACAUACAUGGAAGCUUCCUAUAUCAUGCCCAGUAAAUAACAGGCACCUCCCUAAAGUUGAUUCUCAUUGACUCAACAUUCUAAUCCUCACAUUCUUCUUACUAGAAAGGGGGAGCACAAGAUUUCAUGAAUCCCUCAUCUUUCCUCAAUUUUGGUCACAUAAUUCAUUUUAGACAGUUCAAGGGAAGGCAUACUCAUCAUUGUCCACUCUCAAUCAUGAUAUAAAGCCAUUCCCACAAAAAUAUUUUUCUUGGAGUGGGGAAUGUAGCUCAGCAGCACAAUGCUCCAUCAACAUGCACAUAAGGCCUUGGGUUUAGUCCUCAACAAGAGGGGUAGAGAAAUGAUAAAACCAGUGAAGUCAAACUAAAUGUCACUUUCACCUUCAAAAGCUUUUGGGGGUUGGGGGUCAUAUGAAUAUGUUGAAUGUUCUUGAGUAUUUUUGAUAAACUGUUCAUGAAAGUUUAUAUUUUUCAAAUGUUUAUACUAUUCAUUUUAGAUAGUUGAUAAAUUUGUAAUGUUUCUGUAUAUUUCCAAUAAAAUAAUGUGGUUGUACUGUG